AUGGCGUCUGACCGCAUCUCCUCCGUGAUCGACAGCCUGAUUAGCCAUCUGGUCCCCAACAACACCGACGAUGACGAGGACGCUGCGCAGGAGAGGCACGAUGCCUGCUUUGAUAUUGUCAAAUCCAUAAUCGACAGCCCUCCAAGCCCUGGUGUAUCCUCCGACGUUAAUCAUGCUUCGGAUCUCAUCAAGCGCAAGCUUAUCCAGACCGACCCCAACGACGCCCUCCGCUUCUCGAACCUCUACUCGAGACUUUUGGCUCUGCCUGUGCUCAAGCACAAGUGGGCCAUCCUAUAUCUCCUCUAUCAGCUCUCCGACUCGCCUGAUCCCGACGAGCCGAUACCUCUGAGCCCCGUGCGGCCAUCAGCGCCCAACUACCGGGAGGCCAUCAGCCGCGAGGCUCUCAAGCGGCAAAGCAAAGACCGCUCAAAGACCGCGACCCCUGUCCCGCGACUCGAAGAAGAGCAGUUUAAAGAUGCGUUUCAGCCAGAUGGGCUUCGGAAGCUACCAGUCAAAGAGCCGGGGCAGCCUGAGAACGACAAGCACAACCUACCGAAGCGGGACGUGUCCUUGAAGUCGACCCUUCUUGCCAGCAAUCAUACUGAAAGCGAUCCUCCGGAAGCCGUCAUUCUUCGCGAUCUGCCCUUUACUCUUCAAGGCGUCUCCUCUACCACCCUACCAUUCUCGAACCAAGCGACUCUGAAACUACCGCCGACACUCCCUCUCCCUUUGAUAUCCCUUUUGCACACCUUAGCAGAGCCGUCUCUACUCUAUCGCGGCCUCGAUGCGUUCUGCAAGACUCCCGCCCAAGGUCUGCUGGGACAGAGCCUACGAUCCGCCAUCAGCGGCGAAUUGCGUUCCUAUUUGAGCCUCAUCGCCACUCUGGAGGCGCAGAUUCGAAGGGCACUCUCCACUAUAGACGAGAGCUCCCCGCCUGGCGCGAUUGGGAAAGCCGGCGUGACCCUCAAGCGAUGUGUGGUCUGGACGCGUGAGGCAACCAUGGGAUUACGAUUAAUGAGCCUAAUUGCCGAGGAGUCUGAGAGCCAAAAGGGAGGGCAGCUCAUCACCUUGAUUCACAGUUUCUCUUCGUCCCAUGGCGACCCGGUGGUGGCUGCUUUUGCGGAACGGUUACUCGGGAGCUUCACGCGCCCCUUCUACGACAUCUUGCGCCAUUGGAUAUACGACGGCGAGCUUCUCGACCCGUACCGCGAGUUCUUCGUCAGAGAGCAACUACCCAACAACGACGUCAACAAGAAAAAGGUGGCGGGCAACGUGUGGGAGGACAAAUACGAGAUCGACCAUGACAUGAUACCCAGCAUCAUCACGCAAGACUUUGCUCAAAAGGUGUUCUUGAUCGGCAAGUCGCUCAACUUUAUCCGCCACAGCUGCGGCGACUCAGUAUGGGUAGAAGACUACUCCAAAGCGGCUUCCAAGGAACUCAGAUAUGGCGACACGGCAACUCUCGAGGCGUGGAUCGACGAAGCAUACAAGACGACUAUGAAGCGUCUGAUGGAUCUCAUGGCCAACAGAUUCAACCUAUUCGACCAUCUCCAAGCCCUGAAGAACUAUCUUCUCCUGGGCCAGGGAGACUUUAUUGCCUUGCUGAUGGAGUCGUUGGCGGCAAACCUGGACCGGCCAGCCGGGGCCCAAUACAGGCAUGCCCUUACGGCUCAGCUCGAACACGCCAUCCGAGGGUCAAACGCGCAGUACGACUCGCCAGAGGUCUUGCGCCGGCUGGACGCCCGGAUGCUGCAGCUUUCACACGGAGAUAUCGGAUGGGACUGCUUCACCCUGGAGUACAAGAUCGAUGCGCCCGUCGACGUUGUGGUGACUGAAUGGGGAAACCGCCAGUAUUUGAAGGUGUUCAACUUUUUGUGGAGGAUAAAAAGGGUCGAGUUUGCGCUGCUCACGUCCUGGCGAAAGUGCAUGACAGGCUCGCGCGGCGUCCUGCAAAGCUCAGACCCGGCCGUGACGCAGACGUGGAAGUCGACCCGCGGGACGCUCGCAGAGAUGAUACACUUUGUGGGACAGCUGCAGUACUACAUCCUCUUUGAAGUCAUCGAGUCGUCGUGGGGCGAGCUGCAGAAGCGCAUUCAAAAGGAGGAUUGCACGCUCGACGACCUCAUCAAGGCGCACGAGCGGUACCUCACCGACAUCACGCACAAGGGCCUCCUGGGAGCGAAGCGCAAGCUCCACGGCUCGGACGAGGACGACCGCGCCUCGUACCUCGCCCAGCUGAGCGACAUCCUGCGGUUCAUGCUCAACUACAGAGACUCGGUGGACGGCCUGUACGGCUGGAGCGUGUCCGACUUUACGCGGCGGCAGGAGGCCGACGUGCGCGGGCACGCUCUCCUCGACGAGGGCGGCGCUGGCGGCGGCGGCGUGCCGUCCGAGUUCCCCGUGCUGCAGGAGCGGCUGCGGCACCUGGGUCAGUCGUUCCGCACGCGGCUCCAGAUACUGCUGGGCGACCUCGCGUACCAGCCCGACGUGGACAUGCGCUUCCUGGGCGUGGCCAUGAACUUCAACGACGUAUAUCAGCCAACCAAGAGGCGUAACAAGGGCCCAGCCGCCACCGGUGGUGCGACGUCGGCCAACACUUCCAAGGGGUGA